CUAAUAAAGAGUGUGUGGAAAAGCUGGAGACUGGACGAAAGAGUGGGGGUGUAGCCUGUGAGCCUGUGGUAAUAGGCUAUGAGGCAGAGAGGGAGAGACGUGGACAGUGAUGCUGCGCGUUAUCUGCUCACUAAAUGAGGGUUGUCUUUCCCAGUUCAGGCAGCAGGGCUUCUCCACCCUUCUAGCGAGGAUCUGUAAUUUACACGACAACAGCAGGGCGUCUGUCGGUUCUCCAUCAUCUGCGCUGGAUCUACCACAGAGCUGUUCCAGCACCUAACGCUAAGCGCCAAAGGAGAAGAGCUCAUUAUCGUGCCAUGUGCAGAACGACAUAUGUGUGAAUUCAAGCGGUGACAGAGGAGGGGGAAUGGACAGGGGGACAUUGUCAGCAUAUUCCUGCAAACGCACAAACGGUGAUAAAUUGGAGGCUGUCGUGUAGAGAGAAGACCUUCAAAUACGCAGCAGCCAAUCCAUCAAAUUAUUUUUUAUUGCCAGCGGAAAGGGAUCUGUGGUCAGGUGUCGCUUUAUUUCAACCACAACAAUGGGGGAGCAGCCCAUCUACAGCACGCGGGCCCACGUCUUCCAGAUUGACCCCAACACCAAGAAGAACUGGCUGCCUACCAGCAAACAUGCUGUCACUGUCUCCUACUUCUACGACAGCACGCGCAAUGUCUACCGCAUCAUAAGCCUGGAUGGCACCAAGGCAAUAAUCAACAGCACCAUCAGUCCCAACAUGACGUUCACAAAAACGUCUCAGAAGUUUGGCCAGUGGGCAGACAGUCGAGCAAACACUGUCUACGGACUGGGAUUCUCCACUGAGCAUCAUCUGUCUAAGUUUGCAGAGAAGUUUGCAGAGUACAAAGAGGCAGCACGGCUUGCUAAGGAGAAGAGUCAAGAGAAGAUGGAGAUGGCCACAUCUCCUUCUCAGGAGUCUCCAGCAGGUGAGCUCUCUUCACCUCUGACCCCUGUGACUCCGCCCAUGGAAAAUAUUAACGGCACAGAUGAGAUCUGCGACGCAACUCCUAACUCAGACACCCGUACAGAGCCUGCCCAGAAUGCCCUGGCCUUCGCACACAGCCCGGCCAUGACUAAACACUGGGAAGCUGAGCUGGAGGCUCUAAAGGGGAACAAUGCCAAGCUAACGGCGGCUCUGCUGGAAUCCACAGCCAACGUCAAACAGUGGAAACAGCAACUGGCUGCCUACCAGGAGGAGGCAGAGAGAUUACACAAACGGGUGACGGAACUUGAGUGUCAGAGCAACCAAACUCCGGUGAUCAAAUCCCAGAAGACUGAACUCAACCAAACCAUAGAGGAGCUGGAGAAUACACUACGAGAUAAGGAAGAGGAAAUGGAAAAAUUGAAAGAAGAACUAGAAAACAUGAAUGACCUGAUGGAGCAGAAAGACACUCUUACUCAGAAGCUUGAGGAGACAGAGCUGCGUAGUCGGGUGCUUGAGGAGCAGCUAGCAGGAGCUGAGCAACGGCUGGAGGAGAACCAAGAGGAACAGGAGAAUUUUAGAAAGACCCUGCGGACACUACUGGAGCUGCUCGACGGCAAGAUCUUUGAGCUGACAGAGCUCAGAGACACCUUGGCUCGGCUCAUAGAGGAGGCCAGCUAGAGACAGAGGUUCCUAAGCUUCAUAUGAGCCAUAUGAUAAUUUACUUACACCCCCGAUGAACCCACUUCAAUCCUUCUCUUCAUGCCUCCCUUCCUCAUACACCCAACACACAUUCAAAAUGAGACAUUGCACUGCCCCCAUUCAUAUUUUGCUCAAAAAGGGCAGCUGGUUCCCCGUUUUUACCUUGCAGGCAUUGAGUUCCUAUCAACCACAAGCACUCCCGUGGUUCAAGAAGACGCAGGGACUACCUCAGCUUGAGCUUUCAUUGGCUGGUAUAGGCAUAAUCUUGGUUGAACUGGUUACUCCAGUUGUAGAGAUGCCUGUGGUGGCUUAGCUGCAACUCCCCACCCUCCACCCUCCUCACACAGACACACAUUCUCUUGAGAACUGUGCCUCAGUGCCAUCUACUGUUUAACCAGGAGAGCUGCACUCGACUUGCAGCAUCACGCUCAUGCACAGGCACACAAUCACACACUUUUCCGUCCCUCGCUAAACUACCCCACCAGGGGAAUGUUGAAAGUCAUGUGGAAAUAAUUGCUGUUAAGACUCAGAGAACUGCGCCAAAGCUGCCAAAUCUCCUGAAAAUAUUGUCCUCUAACUAGCAGAUGCUUUGAUCCAAAGUGACUUACUGUACAGAGAAGAUUUGAACAGAAGAACUCAUGUUUAAGCUCGGGCUGCCAGAAGAAUGUAACUAGGAACAGAGAAUUAUAGGAUGGCUCCAAAAAACUAGUCAGUCUUAGCUAUUUUGGCCUGCUGUGGCAUCACUCUUCCCAGCCUGGAUUCACAGGGCUGCUGGUGAAUGACAUCUGGAAUACUUCUUAGGUGAAAAUGAAGGACUGUCCAUUAAAAAUCCUACAUGAUAGAUGAGUAUUGAUUCUUCCAGAGGCAGAAAAUUUUAUUACUAUAUUUGAGAUGAGAAUUCCUGUACUCAGACUUCUUCCACCAUCACAGACAACUGACCUGUCUUCCUGCCAUACUCAGUGUGGCAUGUGUCCAAAUAAGGUCUGGGAUACCUAUCUGGCACACAUAAAUGGGCAUGCUUGUAUUUAAUACAUGUUUAUGCUGUAAGACAGAGGAGACCUUGUUUUUGCAACAACAAGGGCCACACAUACACAUUGAGUGUUAACCAGACAGGCUCUAUACAACACCUCUAUCCAACUCUAUCAGGUACUCAACUCAGUGGACUCAUGCAGAUAGGUGAAACGCAAUUAAGCUAAUCCACCCCCUCCCUCCCUUCCAAAAGAAAGUGUACCGCUGUUGACCGCAAAACUGUGUGGCAGCCCUGUGUGGUCAAAGUAGUGCAUCCUGAAGGGCUUACAGAGUGUCAUCUUCAUGUUUGUAAAUCUCCACCCUCAGUGAAACUGGCCACAGAUUGUCACUCUUCACAGGUGAAUACAGAACUGUAAUCAGUUUAUAUUCUUUUUUACACAGGAUAUAUAAUAGUGACAAUAUAAUUAUAGAAUUGUAUGAGACAACUUUCUACUCAUGCCGGCAUUGUAAAUGAAUGGAUGGAUGGAUAAAUCAAAUGCAGUAACACCCUGCAGUGGCUUAUUGUUGUGUAUUAACCCAUGAGUAUCUCAUCUGUAGGUAAACACUGAAAGCCUCUUCUGUAUAUUUGAAAAGCAUAAGGACACAAUGUAAACACAUCCAGUAGUCUUAUUCAUUUUGUACCAAAAUAUACUCUCGCUGUAUAAAGCAGCUCUUCCGCUGGUAAAAUCUUCAAUCCUCUAAAUUUCUAAGAAGCUAUAUCUUCACAAGGUGCUGCUAUCUUAUAUUUCAACAGAGCGCCCUGUUUGCACUGUUAUUACACUGUUGUAACGCCAUUUUAUGUCAACAGAUUUGCAUUUAGUAUUAGCACAGUAUAAUUAUGUAGUUAAAUUACUUUCUGUAGUUGGUAACACAGGUUAAUACACUGGAAUAAGACUCAUGUGAAAGGGAAUGUUACCUAUUUUUCUGUCUGGUGUAACUUUAAACAGUCGCGUGACAGAGACGAAAUACCUUAAUAUUAAUGCUAUUGUUAAUGAAUGCCUUUGUACAGUAGUGAAUAAGAAGCUUUUCAUUCUCCUGUUUUGUAACUUAUGGUACUUCAAUGUAGGUAUUAUUAUUGUAUUUAGAGGUAUGAGAAGACUGGCAAUAUUUUUGACUAUUUAAAGUAAUUUUGAACUCAUGACAUUAAAGAGGUACCUCAGGCUAA